AAGCCGCCCAACCGCAAGGAUUCGACCGACAAUGAACUACGCCCGUCGCUUCUAGCACACCACGCUUCCUCGGAACCAGUACUCCGCCUUGACGACUUCUCGUCAUGGGAGAGACUACGCAGAGUAGUUGCAUUCGUUCACCGGUUCGCCGAUAACUGUCGUCGCAGAUGUCGACGAACUCCGAAGCCUACAGGUCCACUUACGACGAAGUAGCUGCUGACGGCAGAGCAUUCCCUGAUUCGACUUUGCCAACUGGAAUCCUACCCUGACGAGAUAGCGAUGCUGCAAAAUACCUAUCCAAAUAGAACUACGAGUAUACCGAAGUCCAGCUCACUAUACCAGCUGACACCCCGGCUGGACGAUAACGGAAUUUUGCGCAUGCGAACUCGCAUAGCUGCAUGUCACUACGCCACAGAUGAUUCCAAGAAACCAAUCAUCCUUCCGCAAAAACACCAAACCACCCGCCUGAUCGUAGCACAUUAUCACCUCAAAUACCAUCACCUCAACCACGAGACUGUGAUAAAUGAAGUUCGACAGAAAUUUCGCAUUCCCCGCUUGCGCGUGUGCUACGAACAAGUGCGCAAGAAUUGCCAGCAAUGCAAAAACCAGCAAGCAGCCCCAAAUCCACCGUUCAUGGCCGAUCUUCCACCCGCCCGCCUUGCAGCGUUUUCACGACCGUUCACGCACGUCGGGAUCGACUAUUUCGGUCCAAUGGAGGUCACCGUAGGCAGAAGAGUAGAGAAGCGGUGGGUCAUGCUCGCCACUUGUUUGACCAUCCGAGCGAUCCACUUAGAGGUCGUGCACUCACUCAACACGAGUUCCUGCAUCAUGGCCCUUCGCAACUUCAUAGCCCGUCGGGGCACCCCUCAAAAGAUCUACAGCGAUCGCGGAACAAAUUUUGUGGGUGCAGAUCGCGAGUUGCGACGACUAAACGAAGAAAUCAUUCAGGACGAUUUCAUGAGAGAACUAGACAGUUCUGGAUUCGAAUGGAUCUUCAACCCGCCUCUUGCCCCACACAUGGGUGGUAGUUGGGAGCGGUUGAUUCGCACCGUAAAGAACAACCUGGUUAUGGUGUGCUCAACUAAACGACCCUCCGACGAAAUUCUCCGAAAUGUGUUGACCGAAGUUGAGAAUAUCGUGAACUCAAGACCUUUAUCCCAUGUUCCGAUAGAUGACGAUUCGGCUCCAGCACUUACACCGAACCAUUUUUUGCUUGGCUCGUCCGGUGGAUUGAAGCCACUAAGUAACCUCGACAAUAGCGGUGCAGCCCUUAAGCAGAACUGGUUGACGUCUCAAAUCUUAGCAAAUCAGUACUGGAAACGUUGGCUAUCGGACUACUUGCCAGAGAUCACACGCCGCUCCAAGUGGUUCCAACAGGUGAAACCGAUUGCUGUUGGUGAUAUAGUCGUCAUUGCUGAUCCAAAGAUGCCCCGUAACUGUUGGCCGAAAGGAAAGAUCAUUGGCACGAGAGUCAGCGCAGAUGGCCAGGUUCGAUCGGCGACUGUUAGAACAUCAAGUGGAGUCUAUGACCGCCCGGCGACGAAGUUGGCGAUUCUGGACGUUCGGUGCGACGGAUAGUAAGCCAAUCUACGAUCGUCGUACUCGGGGGGAGUGUUAGUCAACGAUGAAUAGCGCACCUCCUUCUUCAUGAUCGCCUUGGUCGGUCUAACUGGAUAGACCGUUUGUCACACACAGAUAGGUACCGAUCUGUCGUAAGCCCGUGAGUAUGAAUAAACACGAAACUCAAAAAGAAAACGUACAACAACAGUGAAUUGCAAAUCGCCGUAGUAUCUCUUGCAUUUUAUCAAACUUUUAUUUUUUUCGCCAUCAUAUAAGUAUUAUAUAAGCCGUAAUAAGUUUAAUACUGCGCUAGUAGAUAGCCUGUAUUUAGAUUCGCUAAGAUUGGUAAGCUAAACGCACUUUGUACUGUUGGAAAAUCAACUGAAUUAUACUCCUGAUCAUUUAGGUUAGCUACAACUGCUGCACAUAUCAGAGCCUACAAUCAUUUACAUCAAAUACGCUACUGAUUGGUGAGAAAACUGCAAACUAAUAACUAAUCAUUGUAUCUAAAUAAUUAAACACCAUAAAAUGUAAUGUAGGUUGCACGACAUCGAGCCGAGGUAAAGUUUGAUAUCAGAUCAUAUUGGCAUUUUUGCAACAUACUAUCGGAACUCGUAUAGACCCGCGACAACCCCGAAAACAUCCACCGUCCGAGAGACAGAAUGCUACCUAAGAGGAACUAAACGUGAGUUAAUAAUCACUAAGCCACAUAACAAACAUACGUUGUUUAGGGGUUCGCCUAAUGAAUUUCACGGGUCACAUCUGAUAAACUUUAUAACUUAUUAUAACUAACUUUCUAUUCUAUAAGUUGAUGUUUAUAUCCAUUCUUAUUACUAUGUUGCCCGCAGGAAAAUUAUAUUCUCCCAAAAACGAGCUGAUCGUGUUUUUAAUUCAGUGCCUGUUGGAGAAUAACUUUUCGGAGAUUGAUUCCCGUUGAAACGACUUUCAACACAGUAGUUUCUAAUUAAUUAGUGCACAAUACCACACAUGCCAAAUUCAAAUCGCGAUUACGAACAUCUUACGUAAGAAUACCAAUUUUAAGAUACUAAUUUCCAAUUCAAGACAUUCUGAAAAGCAAGGCAUGUAUUUUUUUACAUCUACUGAUUUGAACUAUCUUAUCAACACCGAAAAUAAGAUACACCGAGGCAAAUUGAAACGGGUGGGAUAAGAUGAACCAGUGAGUUAACGUAAUGUUAUCCAAGGUUAGAACAAUUUGAUUACAAUAACACAUACACGGCAUACAAUAAGACAAGGUAGGCUAUUCUUGGUAAACAACACGUAAACAAGUGACGUCAUUUUUAUCGUCCUAUAUGUUGAUCAAAAUGAUAGGGACUACUAGAACGUUUUAUUCAUGUCUUUGAACGAUUUGAACACUAUCAUUGAAAAACAAAAUCGGUAUGUUUUGCGGAAUGUAUCACCUUCUAAAUGAAAUAGAAAAUGUGCCGUGCGUUUGAUUGUGUAUUAUGCUCGUAUAAACCAUUGUCAGUACAUAACCGUUAAAAAUUCCAUGGCCUACUGAGGCAUCUCAAAAUGGUACCUAAUGAUAAAGUUUCUCGCUAGUAGGUACCUUUCUAGAUCAAAGAAAAUGAAUUUGUCAACGGAAAUAAAAAUUCAAUUAAUGAUGCCACCAUAAUUCCUAAACACAAUCAAGACAAAAACUUGUUGAGCAUACGUGAUUUUUUAGUUUGUAUGUGUUUUUGGGCAGCUCUUUUGUGAUUUUUUUUAAAUACCUAAAAAUUCAAAUUUCACCAAAUAGUAAAUCGUGAAUAACUCUAAAACGGAUAGAAAAAUCGCAAUGCUGUCUUGGGCAAAGUUUUUCCUAAUAAAAUUUCCUAUCUUCUUAUGGAAAUUGUUUUAAAUUAGCAUUAGGUACAGAUACUUUUUAUGAUGGGUAAAAUGCAAAAUAUAUCAAAAAAUGACAAAUUUUAGUAAACUCAAAAAUUUAGUAUCAAAAAGUUACCUGGGACAACCUACUCAGCAUUCUCCUAGUUGUGGCGAAAUUCCUCUCUGAAUUCUGGGAGAAUCUCACAUAGGAUUCAAGUGGUAUCCUUCUCAGGACUCUGCGUAAGAUCCUUUUAAGAUUCUUGGGGAAUAUCACUAAGUAUUCUGCGGGUACUUUUCCCAAGAUUCUCUGAAAAUUCGGCUUUCUGGGGCAAUCCUCGUCAGGAUUCUGGAGACAUUUCUCUCAAGUUUCUGGGCAAUUUGUCUCAUGAUCCUAGAGAAAUCCUUGGGAUUCUGGGGCUAUAUUUUAAAAGACUCUAGGGCACUUUCUUUCAGAAUUAUCAAUUAUUGAAGAAUCGCUCACGAGAUUCUGGGCAGAAUUUUCUAGGGAAAUUUGGAUUUUGGAGAAUCCCUUGCGUAGAUUAUAUGAUUCCUCUCAGGGAUCGGAAGAAAUCCUUCGCAGCAUUCUACGAGAAUCCCAGUAGAGUUAUGUUUUCUGCAUUCUGGAACAGUUGCUCCCAGAAAUCCCUUUCAGCAUUCUGAGAGAAUCCGUCUUAGUUAUCAGGGAUAAUCUCAGACAAGAUUAUGGGAAGAUUCUCUUUAGGUUCUGGUGUAAUAAUUUAAAGUAUUUUAGAGAAAUCACCAUGAGAAUCCCUCCCAGAGUUCUGGGACAACCCCUUUCAGGAGUUUAGGGGAGUUCUUUCAAAGAUUCUGGGGGAAUGUCUUUUAGGAAUCUGCGGUAAUUUUUCUGUUUUAUG